AACGCCUCUUGGGCUUUCUUAUCGCAUUGAAGUUUUUAUUCCCUCCUCACCCUCCACCUUCUUUUGGUUUGAGGUUGGUGGAACGUUCUUAUAGAAGAAAAAUAUUCAUGUGUGUGUGUUUAACACUAGAACUAACGUACAAUGGGUUCUGACUAUCCUCCCAGUCUCCGAUGUGGUCUGCCGGGGCUCAUACUCUCUUUGGAAACUGCCUUUAUCCUCAUAUUUUGGUUUUGCUUUUCAAACGAAAGUGGAAGUACGCCAAAAGACCUUGACAUCUAUCCUGCAUUUCAAGAUGUCAACGUCCUGGUGAUUUUUGGAUUUGGCUUCCUCCUGGCCUUCACGAAAAGAUACGGAUUUAGCAGCACUGGAUUCAACCUGCUAAUUGCCGCACUUGGAGUUCAGUGGGCCAUGCUCGUGGAAGGAUUUUUGUUCAGUUCCGCAGCAGGAAAAGUGAAAAUCAGCCUGCACAGGCUGGCCACCCCGGUAUAUGGCAAAGGCAUUUACAGUUCCAACAUCUCAUCUACUGUUAAGUGUAAGAAGACUCCACUGGCAAUCACAACACAUGGCCAGGAUGCAAGCAAAAUGUCAGCUACUAACUGCGUAUUAAAGGCCAGUAUAAGUGUAACUGCUGUUUUAAUCUCAGCUGGAGCUCUUCUGGGCAAAGCUAACCCUAUUCAGUUGAUUUGGAUGGCGAUGGUGGAGGUGGCAGCUUUCAGUACGAGCAGAUGGAUCAAUGUAAAAUUCCUGAAGGUUGAGGAACACACAAGCUUGAUGCACGUUCACAUAUUUGGAACCUACUUUGGCUUGGCAGUCUCCUGGUGGCUGUACCAUUCUUCACUGAGUGAAAGGAUUGAAAAGGAAAAGUCUAAUCAGAUAUCUGAUUUGUUUUCAAUGCUGGGCACUCUCUUUCUGUGGAUGUUCUGGCCAAGUUUCAACUCUGUGCUAAUCGUGGAUCUGAUGGAAAAGCGGAACGCGAUCUGCAACACGUACUAUGCCAUCGCUGUGAGUGCUGUGGCUGCUUUUGCACUGUCAUCCUUGAGCAGCAGGAAUGGAAAAAUCAGGAUGAUCCACAUCCAUCAUGCAGCACUAGCAGGAGGGGUUGCUCUUGGUUUCUCAGCUCCCAUUAUUCCACAUCCUUGGAUUGCCAUGAUUUUGGGUCUGCUUGCCAGCAUGGUCGCAGUACUGGGAUCUCACUGUUUCGAGACAUAUUUGAACUCGGUGCUCAAGAUUCAUGACACCUGUGGCGUCCAUUACACUUUUGGGUUGCCUGGAUUGCUUGGAGCGAUAGUCCAUGUCAUUCUCUUCAUAAUAAUCAAGUGGGCCAGUUUAUCAAGCCUGGGUUAUCUAGCCUUGAUUGAAGUUGGCUCUUUCAUGUUGACGACUGCUAUAGGUUUGGGAACAGGUUUUGUUACAGGUUUCGUUUUAACUUUCAAACUAUGGAAGACGCUGCCUGCAUCAAAGUACUUUGAUGACCAAGCUUUUUGGGAGUUUCCCCAUUUGGCUUACGGAUUUUGAACAGAGGGACCAGACCAAAAUUACAGAAGAUUAGACCAAGAUAAAGAAAACAUUUCUUAUUCUCUGCUAUAGAAAAUUAAUUGGCAUGAGGGGGAAGAAAAGGUUAAAUAUCACUCCUGAAUUUCAAAAUGAAGAAACAUUAUUGCAUUAGGCUGCUUUCAAGUCUUAUUAAACAAUACAGUAUGUAAAGUCACAGGUAAAAUAGUUCAUUCAGCUUUUCUGCAAAGUCUUGCCUUCAACAUUUUCUUUGGUAAAUUACUUACAAUGGAUCCAUCCAGCUUUGACAGUUUAUCCUUUUAAGAUGCUUCCCAAUUUUAAUGAAGGGAGAUAUUUGUAACUCCUAUUUUGAAAGUCAAAAAAUAAUCACGAACAUUUAAGGGCUUGAUUCUGCAGGCGCUGAGCAUGCUGGUUCUGAUCCAGCAAAACACUUCAGCAUGCGCGUAUUUUUAAGCACAAGGAAUCCCACUGAGGUUCAUGUUCAGGAGAUGCUUGAGUGCUUUGCUGGAUUGGGGCCAGUGUACUCAGCACCUUGCAGGCUCAAAACCUCAAUUAGUUGAUUAGUUAAAGAAAAUCCGUAGCUGCUUUGGUUUAGGCCAGCUGCUCUGACAAUUCAAAUGGUAAGAAACUGAAGUGUGAAGUGGAAUUGAAAAUAAAAGGCUUGACCCUGCAACUCCAACUCAUGUGAGCAGUGCCCCUGAAGCCAAUGGCAUUACUUGUGCAGGGUUGCAGCAGCUGACCCAGAGUAUUCAAUCCUGAGAAGUGGGGAGUGCCUGGGAGUUUUAAGUACUCAGCUCUUCAAAGGGUCGGGUCCACCGUGGAUAUUUGAGCAGCACUCUUUACUGUACUGAAGUGACUAAGUGCCUCUUGUUCACGUUAGUAAUCCCGUUGAGCUGAAUGGGGCUAAUUAUGUGAGUAAGGGGCUUGAAACAUAGUGCCCAUAAUGUGUAACACAGACAGGAUUGGUCACAGGCUUAAUUAAUUAUAAACCAGUUUCUAAAUGGCUUUAUCCUGGUUGAAUGUUAUUUAAAUCUUACUAUUUGAAUAAUGUUUUACCUUUAAACACUUGUUUAAGGAAACAAUGUAAAAAACCUGGCGCUGUGGGAGUGAAUAUUAAUGAACAAACUUUAUUUUGUAUUUUAAAGGGCCACAGUCAAUAUGAAAAAAAUCAGUUGGUCUGAAAAUGUUGUAUAUACGAUCAUUAAAAGUAAUGCUUAAUAGUAUUGCCAUCUGAUGGCAUUUAAAGCCCUAGUUCUGCAUAGACUUCAGUAGGUCACCACAAGGGCCUGCCUGCAUGGAACUCAGGAUCAGGGUCUUAGUAGAUAGUUAGCCCUAAUGCUGUAAUGGACUCUGUGGAAUCAGAUUCCUGUACCCACAUGGAGCUCCUUGUAGGAUUGAGGCCUUAGUCACUGAUCUCUAGAUCCUCAGAAGGUGUUUAGGCAUGUGCCCACCCUGGAUUUCAAGGAGUGAGGCAACUAGAUACCUUUUAAGCAUCUGGGUAGAGUUUCUCCUUCAUUUCAGAAUGUUUGUCUCACUCACAGCUUUUCAAUUGCCUACGUUAAUAAAGAAAUUGCAAGUAUCGGUUGUCUUUAAUCAGAGUACACUUGCUUGAAAAUAAAGCAAACUGGCAAUAAUCUGCCAUAACAGAUGAUCUUCUUUGAUACAAGAAGAAACUUAUCCUGUCCUUGAUCCAUUAGUUCUAAAGGGAAAUGGAGUGUUAUUUUUCUCAUUACUCCAUUGGCAGUAUCAAAAGAGUUUCUGGGAGAGGAAGUGCUAUUGUUCUAUAUUUCUGAGUCACGAGAUGAUCGCUGACCUGCUUAUUUCUAGAGCCCGGCACACCUACAGAAAUUUGGCUCUGGAUCUGAGCUGCAAUCUGCAAAGAUGGUAAACAAUACAGCCACAUCUGUGUCUCUGCAUGUAGUUAGCUGUGGAUAUUUGCAGGGUUCUAAUUCCAUCAAAUGUUCACAGACCUCCCCUUAAAACAGAGAGGAGCUGAAUCUAUGCAAUUACUUGAGUCCAUGAAGCUUAGUAUGGGACCAGAACAUAGGGCAUGUAUAGAAUAUAACCAAUAUAGUUGCCUCAUCUCAGUGUUACUUAGCAGCAGUUAUACUUAUUUCCCUCCUAAUAAGUGUCCAAGAUUCCAGUUUAAGCGCACUCUGUUUUUAAUUUUCCAGCAGUGGGUUGAACCUGGUGCAGUCAGUAUUAAUUUUUUUUUAAGUGACACUUUUUAAAAUGUUACUUCACAUCUUACACUAACCCAAAUUUUCAGAUGUUUUCCCCCAUUGCUCAACCAAUAGUCCUAACCUUAAAUACUGAAGGGAAAAGGGCUGCUCGUAUAUCUGCAUGCGUCAUGACUUGAGCCGUGAAUAGUUAUGAAAUAAAAGUUCUACAUGUGGUCGACCGUUCCAGGAGAAUGGAAAGCAUAGCCAGAGAGCCAGGGGCUGAAUCUGAAGGGGAUGCUUGAAAGAAAGAGGAGCCAUUUAAGUGGCUUCUGCUAUGCAGUAAGUGCUGGGAGGAAUCACUUAACCUAGUUCUGUGCCUGAGACUAGUGUACAGCACAAGGUAACAUAGGGGCCAUAGCAGUAAGUGGGGGGGCAAAUGGGCAGAAUUUGCAGUCUAGCCCUCAAAGGAUUUUGACUCCCCCAGCUAAAGGCACAUUCAAACCAAAAUUACUUAGACUGUCCUGAUUUAUGCAGAGGGCUUGUCUGGUUCCCCUACAUAUAUGGUUCUGGUGGAGAGGAGCGAGAAUAGAGCUCACUAAAGGGAAGAGUAGAUUUUAGAACUGUGGAAAAUACAAAGGGGCCAAAUUCAUCCUUACUACAGCUACAUGAACUUUAAAACUUGGCCUGUUGUCUUUAAGUAUUCAAUAAAACUAAACCUUUUAAAGAGCCAUUAGAGUAUAAGAUCAAGCAGUUAUCUUUUUACAAGAUAAAUACAUUAGUUCACCAUUUCAAUGAUAAUCUUAAUUCUUGAUUAAAUUUGGAUUAUAACCUAAAUCCAUUUAUAAAAAUGUUUCUCAUCUCUGAAGGAAUUAAGGUUAACAGACUUAGUCCUAUACAGACAGGGCAUUUAAUUCUCUCAGUGCUUCUAAUAGAUAUUAGGAGCCAUAGGAGGUAUUGAGGAACCACUGAGAAGUUAGCUUAGUGACAAAUUAACAGUCUUUGUACAGUAGAGUUAGGGGAGAGAACUAUAUACACUCUUACUCAAUGGAGUAACUUAACCGAGUACAACUUUGUUAGUGGAUGGAGAACUGCUAAGGCUUCCUUUUACACCAUAAAGAAAAAUGUGGCAGUUUCUUUCCUUGAAAGCCUCUGUUAGUGUAGCCCAGGGGUAGGUAACCUAUGGUGAGCUGAUUUUCAGUGGCACUCACACUGUCUGGAUCCUGGCCACCGGUCCGGGGGGCUCUGCAUUUUAAUUUAAUUUUAAAUGAAACUUCUUAAACAUUUUAAAAAACGUAUUUACUUUACAUAGUAUAGUUUAGUUAUAUAUUAUAGACUUAUAGAAAGAGACCUUCUUAAAAUGUAUUACUGACACGCAAAACCUUAAAUUAGAGUGAAUAAAUGAAGACUCGGCACACCACUUCUGAAAGGUUGCCGACCGCUGGUGUAGCCUAUUUCUUCCAGCCUCCCGCCUCUUCAACCUCACAGCUGCACUAGAUCAGCAUUUCUCAGUUAUUCCUUGGGGCAUUGCUUCUGUUUGGUUUAUUGAUAGUGGAUUAAGAAUACAUGAAUACUCAUGGCUCAAAGCAUUUGACAGCCUCCAUCCUGAUUCACUCAGGAACAUUAUGAAGUGUAAUGAUAUGCCAACAAAAAUAGCAUCAUCAGGGCUUUAUGUCAAGGUAUGACCUGUCCAGCUAAAGUAAAUGCAGACUUGAGUGAAUGGUUUAACAAACACUCAUGUUAAACAAGAAUGCAUUCUCUCACCUGUUUGGCAUUGUAAUUAUGAGGAAAAAGUAUUAAACUAAGUGAUGCCUGACUGACUAUAGCAGUAUACUAGAAGAAUUAGAUUUUGUUGAUAAUAUUGCAUCAGUUGAGCUAUCAUUUCAAAAAGCUAAGACCAAAAGAUUGUUCAGCAUUAUAAGGAAGUGAAGGUAAAAAAAUCAGGUCAUGAAAAAAUAAAUUAGAACCCCAGAAAAACUCUGGUAUUACAUUAGAAGGCAAAGGAAUACAAGAGGUGAGUCAGUUCACAUACCUUGACAGGAACUAAGACUCAAACUGGCAAGGCAGCAGGUACAUUUACCAACUUUAAUCAUAGAUUUUUGAUGACCAAAUCUUGUUUAAGACCAAACUAUGUGAAUAUUCAACUGAAAUGUUAUUUUCACCUUAACAUAUAUAUGUGAAAGCUAGAAAACCACUAGAACUAUAGGCAGAUAUCUAAAUGUUUGACUCAUGAAAAUAGUAGGUAUUAAAUGGAACGAAUUUAUAACAAAUGCUGAGAUUCAUCAGAAAGUUCAACAACCUGUUAGCCCAGAAUUCUAUAGAAAGGAAGAUGGAAGCAUCUGGUAUAGGUGGUAAAAAUCAAGCCAGAGCAUUUGCCACAGCAGGCCUGCCCCUGGGCAGCUGGAGGAACAUGUCAUAGGGACCAACCACUAGAAUCCCUUGAUCAAACAAUACUUAAAAGGGAGAAUUUAUGGUACUUAACACAGAAAACACACAAAGGUAGCUUAGGAUAGACAGGGAUGGUGGAGCCUUGUUUGUGCCCUAAACAACAUCUGAGGGCACCAGAAAGGAUUCAGAAACACCUGCACAGCCUAAGGGAACCAUAAAGCAAGAAUUGGGUCAGAUAAUGGGUUCCCUACUGCUUGACAAACCUCCCCCUGAAGGACGUGCUUGGGCUGUUUGAAAAGCUAUUGUGUUUGAGAGUACUAGCAGGCAUUUUACUGUACUUCCUUGCAUGGUAAAUUGUAUCUUAUAUUGUGUUUCAUGGACUAGUUAUGCAUCACUUAACAGCGCUAGGCAAAAUUUCAAAUAUUUGCCAAAAAAAAUGCAGUGUGUAGCCCUGAAACUAUUUGUGAAUUUGACACAAAUUUGCCAAAUAAAUAGUUUUGGCCAAAAGGAAAGUUGAGGAAGUGGUUGCAGCUGCCUCCCUUGUAACUUUUAGCUCAAGUUUUAGGCUACUCACCUGGAAUGUCGGCGAUGUAGGUUCAUUUCCCCCUUAAGUGGAGCAGGAAUUUGAACUUCUCUCCCACCUAUCAGGAGAGUGUCCUGGCCAAGCCCCUGGAUACGGAUAUCCUGGGGCAAGUCUCGCCUGUUGGAGCUGUUGUACUUUUUAUAAAUAAAUAGUCAUAGGAGCAGGGACUUAAAACUGAGGUCUCUCCAGUCUCAGGUGCCUGUCCUAAUCACCCAGAUACAGAGUCAUUCACUCUCUUCUUUCCCUAUCCCAAAGACAUUUUGAUUUUUCAGAAGUGACCUUGAACCAAACCCAGCCCCCCCAACCACUUAUUGGUCCAGCUCCUGUUUAACACGAGGACUUAAAAAGCAAGUAUCAAUAUUAACUAUAACAGCACAGAGAGUACUGCUGCUAGAAUAACGUGCAUCUCUAUGAACUCUUACACACCCAUAACUUUUUAUUGUAAAUUUUUGAACAGUCUCCGUAUGACUAGUCCAAUAUUUUCAUAUAAAAACAAAUUGUAAUAAAUAAGUAUAAAAAUGUUUUAAAGUACUUUUUAUUGCAGUUUUAGAGCUCAGAUACAGUGCAGAACACUGGGUUAAAUGCAGCCAUUAUUCCUCUAUAUUAUUUAUUUGUAACAAUCAUUCCACAAGAGUGUCUUCCAUUGUUACACUUUCCCUAUUAGUUUUACAUUUCAGUCAAAUACGCUUGAAUACAAAGUCAACAUCUAAGAACAGUAAAAAAAAGUUUAACAGAACAGAAAAUGGAAAUUUUAUUGCCUCCUGAUUUUAUAUUUUACUUUUUAUCCUCAGAAAUAAUUCAAGAGCUAGCAUUUACAAAAUCGUAUUACCAAAAAAAAAUAAAAUAAAAUCAGGUGUGUGUCGUAAAAAAAUCAUAGGGCUUGACUCACUUCUGCGGACACAUUCACUGCCACAAGUCUUCAGUGCGGCCAAAUUUAAAGACCAGCCCUCU